UAUAAAUUUCCCAUUAAAGAUGGAUGAUUCCGACGGCGACACAACUGAUUAUGAGCGGUUACCGUCUCACAUUUUGGUCCAGAAACAACUUCAAGACCUUGUUUCCAUUCAGAAAGCAAGGGUUACCAGGCUGCAGCAAAAUAUAUCUCAGCAAAACGAAACAAUCCAAGACAAUUUUGUUUCACGAGACCAGUAUCAGUCGGAUAUUUCUUCAUUACAGGAAAGUCUGAAGAGUGACUAUGUACCCAGGGAUCAGUAUGAUGCAGUGGUUGGACAGUUGGAGGAUGAGAAGUGUGAACAUGCAGCUACGCGGGUUCGGCUGGCGGAGGUCGUGGAACAGUUGGAAUCUGCUGUUGCUGAGGUGACCAAUCUACAACAGCAACUCAUCGACCAGAAGGCACGCUAUGAGAAACAACAAGGUACCUUAAAAAGCAAAAAUAUGCAAGACACAGCCAAGGCGAUGAAGCUCCAAUCCAAAUGUUCAGAGAUGAGUCAACAUUUUGAGAAGCAGGAGGCCAUACUGACAGCGAAGGAUGAGGAGAUAGCUAACCUGGAACGGAGGAUAAAGGAACAGGGGCUACUGUAUAGAAAGGAGAUGAGUGAGGCGGACAUUGAGAAGAAACAGCAACGAUACAUCGCUCGUCUGCUGGAGGAGGAGGAGAGGAAAAGGUCCCGGAACCCAUCCACUGUGACUCGUAACAACACCAACACUGCACGAAACCCUGCACAGAUGGGCGUGCCUAAAACCAAGGGCAAGAAAAAGUGACAUAGGUUUAAACAAUAUGUUGGUACAGAGUUUAAAGUGGAAUUACCUGCAACCAGUACAGUUCAAGUUUGAGUUUAGUGAUAGAAUAGUGCACAAUACACGUCAUUUGUGAUAUCCAUACUGUAUGACAUAUUUUAUGUUCUUCACAAGUGUUAGGCAAUGUGACAAGGUGUUUGAAUCAUCUGAAUGUAAUAUAUUCACUACACUGAUAUUCCUGUGGAUAUGUGGUAUUAGUGUUGGAAAGCUGGCAGCAUGUGGAACAAUAAGUGAAUAAUGGAUGAAGUGGCCACCUGUCUAAAACAGCCACUUUGAUCUUUCCCAUAAGGUGGCCACUUAAUACAGGUUUGACUGUACAUGUAUUGUUUGAAUUCUGGUCUGACACAUAGCCAUGAUUUUGGCUUUUCUUAAGAACAUUUCAACAAACAACAUAUUUUCUUAAGUUAAGGGACAAUUCUGUUUGUACACAUCAUCAAUAUUGACCUUUAUCCAUACAAUUAAUUAAUUUGUCCAUGUUAUUACUACAUACAUGUACAUGUACUUGUGUGAAUAUCAGGUUUGGGUCACUCUGGAAAAAAAUAGUGCCAGACAAAUGAUUUACAUGUGCCGGUAGUGUUAGAAGUUUAAAGUUUUGAAUUUUCUGUGAUAAAUUUACACAAAAUUAAUAAAAAGAUUAAUCAAUCAA